GAAAAUGUUCUGUAAAAUAUUAGAUAUAGCUCAUGCACUGUACAUUACGUGAAGUACCUAAUUACAAUUUAAUGCUUGUCGAUCACGGGUGUAACAAUUAUUUUUGUGGAUGGCUCACCUACGUUGCAGAAUUUUGUGAUUACAGUAUGUGUAAUGUGUAAUGAGUGAUAAGCAGACUGCACCUAUUUUACCACCCCUUAAUGGGGGUGGAGGAAAUAAUGGGGGUAGCAAUGGAAGUGCACCGCAACAGACUGUUAAUUUACAACAAGUUCUUGCUACUGCCCAAGGACUUAAUGUCCUUACUACAGGCGCUGGACAGCAAUUUGUUAUUACUUCACAGGUCCCUGGCCUUACACAGGUUAUACCAAGUAAUGCAACAACAAAUACAAACAUUCAACAAGUUGGAGUUACAAGAAUUGUUAAUAUCAGUGGUACACCACCACGUGCAGGUAGCAUGGGAGUUGCAGGUGCAAGCAGUUCACCUCUUACAUCUCCUACUCGUCAGGGUUCACCUAAAGUUGUUUUAGCAACAUCUCCAAAACUUGUUCGAACUUCUAUUGGAAAUAUGUUUGUUGCACCAACCUCGCAAGCUUCUAUGCAUUCACCACCUGCAAGAAAAAAGUUGAAAUUAACAGAUUCUACUGAAAAACAUACUAUGUUUGCUGAUGAUGCAAUGGGUUAUAGAAGAAGAAUUAUGGAACAUAAAAUGAAAAGGAUGCGUGCAAUAAGAGAGAGAUAUGCAGAAAAUGCAUCAGAAUUAUUCUUUCUUCAUGCUGGAGGCAAUAUGAUGGAUUUUCAAUCAUGGAAGAAGAAACCUCCAACACCCCAAUAUUUGCAUUUUUUACAGCAAAAUAGAUUAGAUCCAGAUGAUGAUGAAGAUUUAACAGCUCCACUGCCAGCAAUAUCAGAAAUUCCAUUAACACCAACUGCAACAACUGUUUCUACAAUAGUUCCUGUGAAUCAGUGUACAGAAGUAAAAAUUUCUGGAAUGAAUGCUGCUCCAGUUGCGGUGUCCACGACAUUGCCUGCUGCAGUAGCUCAACUUAAUCAACAAGGACAUGUACCAGGUAGGCCUCAAGGGGGCCGCCAUGGCAUGGUGUUUGCCUUCAGAGCAGCAAUUCAGUCUUCACCAGUCACCGCUCACCCUCCACCUACUUCUUCUACUCUAGCACCCACGCUCAUUAUAGGUAAUGCACCAAUAGUUCCAGGUUCACCAAAACCUGUGACAACAACUGUUACAAGUCCAGUGAUAGAUAAAUCUACAAUAGCUACAUCUAUUACAACAACUAUUACUACAAUGACUACUCCUACCCUUACUUUUACUGGAGCUACCACCACUACAGCUACUGUUACUACUGUUACAAAAACAUCUUCUGCGCCUACUAUACCUACUCAGCCCAUUGUUAAACUUGUUAAGUUACCUGCCUCUAAUGCGGCUACGUCAUGUGAUAUCACAAAUAACCAAGAACAAAUUGUAGAGAAGGCAAAACAGGAAGCAUACGUUAUGCAAAGGAUUGCGGAAUUACAGCGGGAAGGAUUAUGGUCAGAAAGAAGGUUGCCUAAAGUACAAGAACCACCUCGUACAAAGGCUCACUGGGACUAUUUGUUAGAAGAGAUGGUUUGGUUAGCUGCUGACUUUGCUCAAGAACGAAAGUGGAAAAAAGCUGCAGCGAAAAAGUGUGCGCGUAUGGUACAGAAAUAUUUCCAAGAGAAAGCAAUUCAAGCACAAAAAGCUGAAAAAUCACAAGAGCUUAGGUUAAAGAAAAUUGCUAGUUUUAUUGCUAAAGAAAUCAAAACCUUCUGGACAAAUGUGGAAAAAUUAGUGGAAUAUAAACAACAGACAAGGCUUGAAGAGAAAAGAAAGCAGGCACUAGAUCAACACUUGAAUUUUAUUGUGGGUCAAACAGAGAAAUAUUCUACAUGGUUAACUGAAGGACUUAAUAAAACUGAUGGUCCUCAAAGUGUGCCAGCCUCCAUGAAUAGUUCGCGUAUUUCUUCCCCAGUACCACCUGGCAAAUCUCAUUCUGAUGAGGAUUUUCAACCAAACCAAAGCUCAGAUGAUGAUGAAGAAACCAUAGCAAAAGCCGAAGAAGAAUUGAAAUCUGUGACAAAUCAUAAAGAAGAAGUUGAACUGCUGAAAAAAGAAUCAGAGCUACCCCUAGAAGAUCUCCUUAAAGAGCUACCACCUGAUUACUUGGAAAAUAGAAAUAAAAGUUUAUCACCUGCAUCAAAAGGAGUAGAGGAAGAGAGUGAAAAGACAACAGAUGGCGAUAUGGAUUUUGUUGCCGCAUCGGAUGAAUCUUCCGAUGAGGAAGAGACUAUUAUGGAACAAGAAAAACUGGAAGAAAAUGCGGAUUAUAAACAAGAAUUAGACGAUCUUAAAGCUGAAAAUGAAAUGUCUAUUGAUGAACUUAUGGCCAAAUAUGGUAACAUGUCGGAUGUGCCAAUAGAUGUUGAACAAGAACCUAUUCAAGAGUCAGAUAAAGAAAGCAUAAAAGAAGAAGCUCAGGAAAAUGACGAAGAAUCUACGAGUAACGAAAGUGAAAGUGAAGAGAGUGACAACGAAGUUGAUGAGGAAGAGUCUCAAACACAAACUGAUAAUGAAGCCGAUAUUGGACUUAAAUCUCUUUUAGAAGAUGUAUCCAUGGAAAAAUCAUCAAAUGAUAAGACUGCAGAGAUGGACCAUUCAAAUGCUCGCGAUGAAAUGGAUAACGUCGCGGCAUUGGCAGAAAGUAUCCAACCUAAAGGAAAUACUUUACUUACCACCAGUGUUGUUACGAAAAUUCCAUUUCUUCUGAAACAUCCCCUUCGAGAAUAUCAACAUAUAGGCUUAGACUGGCUUGUUACAAUGUACGACAGGAAAUUAAAUGGUAUUUUAGCAGAUGAAAUGGGUUUGGGUAAAACCAUACAAACGAUUGCUUUACUUGCGCAUUUGGCAUGCGAAAAAGGAAAUUGGGGUCCUCAUCUCAUAAUAGUACCAACAUCUGUGAUGCUUAACUGGGAAAUGGAAUGUAAGAAAUGGUGUCCAGGAUUUAAGAUUUUGACUUAUUACGGAACGCAAAAAGAAAGGAAACAAAAAAGAACAGGUUGGACUAAACCUAACGCUUUUCAUAUUUGCAUAACAUCAUAUAAACUGGUUAUACAGGAUCAUCAAAGCUUUAGAAGGAAAAAGUGGAAAUAUCUUAUAUUGGACGAAGCUCAAAAUAUAAAAAAUUUCAAAUCACAGAGAUGGCAAUUACUAUUGAAUUUUCAAACCCAACGACGAUUAUUGCUUACUGGUACACCUCUACAGAAUAACUUAAUGGAAUUAUGGUCAUUGAUGCAUUUUUUAAUGCCGAAUGUAUUCCAGUCACAUAGAGAAUUUAAAGAAUGGUUUAGUAAUCCUGUUACUGGAAUGAUAGAAGGAAAUAGUGAAUACAAUGAAAAUAUUAUUCGUCGUCUGCAUAAGGUUUUGCGGCCUUUUUUAUUACGAAGAUUAAAAACAGAAGUAGAAAAACAAUUACCCAAAAAGUAUGAGCACGUCGUUAUGUGCCGUUUGUCAAAACGUCAGCGAUACCUAUACGAUGAUUUUAUGUCCAGAGCAAAAACAAAGGAGACCCUCGCCAGUGGCAAUCUGUUAAGUGUGAUUAAUGUAUUAAUGCAAUUACGGAAGGUAUGCAACCACCCAAAUUUAUUUGAAGUUAGACCUACUGUAUCACCAUUUCAAAUGGAAGCUAUUGAAUAUGUCACAGCUUCGUUAGUAUGGAGUGCUCUUGAUUAUGAUCCAUUUAAGCAUAUCGAUCUAUCUAGUAUUAAUCUUUUAUUAUGUGAUUUGGAGUUAAGUCUUACUGCGUUUGUGGCGCAUAGAGUCAGACGAUUGCAAACACCACGCAAGCUUAUAGAAGAAAUAGACACACAACCAGAUCCGUCUCCAAGAUGUCCACCUGGAAAGAUUAAAAUUAAUGUUAGAUUAUCUAAUCAAGUUAAACCGUCAUCCGUACCGCGGCAGACGCAAACAAAAUUAAAGAAUUUGACUGGAAUAUUGCCUACUCCAAAAGUUGGAACAUCUCCUUUAAUAAAAACAGCAAAUAAUCAAAGCACUCCAGGACAAGGUGUCACACUAAAAGUAGCAGGUGGCCAACAGUUGCAAGGAUAUUCCGUACAAUUAGUUCAACAUCAGGGUAGUGUAAAAGCAAUUCCUGUUGGAACACUAGCACAUAACCCACAAAGUACAACAGUGACACCAACUACAGCAGCAACGAGUGCACAGAGGAUUACAGUAGGGAAUGCAAAUAUUAUAGAUGGACUGCAACGGCUAGCAACACAAACAGUUGCAGUUAAACAAGGUGAUUCCGUCCAAAGAAUAGCAAUGCCUAAUCUUGCACAAGUGGUUCAAACAUCUAUUGGUAGACAUAUCAUUCUGACUUCAAAUCAACAAAACACUAACACAGUUUCAUUUCCAGUAAUGACUCCAUGUGUACCACGUUUGAAAGUUUUACCAAAAUCUUUAAUGGGCCUAUCUACCUCGGCAACUACAGUAAACAAAGUUAUAGGAGGAGUGGUGACAACUACAAGCGGAACAAGUGGAAGACCCGUUAUGAGGGUGCCGCCUCUUAAUGUUACUGCCUCUCCUAAUGUCACUGCACAGUCUCCCGCUGGCAAUGGACAAUCUCAACAACAAUCGAACCGUUGUGGUAUUGUUACUAGACACGCACAAAAAGAAUCAGAAAAGGCACAAAUCAAAGAACGUCCAAAAUCCGAAUUUUAUUUGCCACAAUUAGAAGAAGAACGGAAACAAAGAAGACAAGCUAAACUUCGUCUACUUGCAAAUACUAAUGAAAGGCGAUGUGCCGCAUGUCCUCUAUAUGGAGAAGAUUUGUUUAUGGCAUUAAGAAUUGGUAAACCAUCUACGGCAUGUCGGUGGCAUAAUGGUUGGGUUCACUGUGCAAGUGCUAAAGAUAAUGCACGUACACGAAGGCAGUUUUUUUCUCGCACAGAAGCACUUGCGGAGGCGAUCAAAAGUACAGAACAAAUUGUUGAGGAGCUGAAGGAAGUUUUUGAGAGGUUUGUUGUACAUGUUCCUGCUGUGUGCGCCCCUACGCCACGUUUUCACGUUUCUCAUCCUCCUCCACAUAAAUUGUUCGCUCAACGACGUAUACAAAUGGAGUUACAACGUCAACUAUCGCCAAAAUUGGCAUUGUUCCAUCCAGUAGCUAGUGCAAUGAUGACGCAGUUCCCAGAUCCCAGAUUGAUACAGUAUGACUGUGGAAAAUUGCAAUCUUUACAUCAACUUCUUAGAAAGCUUAAAUCUGAGAACCAUAGAGUUUUAAUUUUUACACAAAUGACCAGAAUGUUAGAUGUAUUAGAAGCUUUUCUUAAUUUUCAUGGACACAUAUAUUUACGUUUGGAUGGUACUACUAAAGUAGAUCAGCGGCAGGUUUUGAUGGAAAGAUUUAAUGGAGACAAACGAAUAUUUUGUUUCAUUUUAUCGACGAGAUCUGGAGGUGUAGGUGUGAAUCUUACAGGAGCAGACACUGUUAUAUUUUAUGAUAGUGAUUGGAAUCCUACGAUGGAUGCCCAAGCACAAGACAGGUGUCAUAGAAUAGGUCAAACACGUGAUGUACAUAUCUACAGGUUAGUAAGUGAAAAAACCGUAGAAGAAAAUAUUCUGAAAAAAGCUAAUCAGAAGAGACUACUUGGAGAUUUAGCUAUCGAGGGUGGUAAUUUCACAACUGCUUAUUUCAAAAGUUCUACGAUUCAAGAUCUGUUUAACAUUGAUCAAUCGGAGAAUGAUGCAACGACUCGAAUGGCCGAAGUAUUGGAACAAAAUAGAGAUCGAGAGAAGUUCUUGCAAAAGGAUAACCAAGGUCAAACUUUAGAGGAUAAAGUAGCGAUGGGUGCGCUUGAAAGCGCUCUUGCUGCUGCUGAAGAGGAUCUUGAUGUCCAAGCCGCAAAGACCGCUAAAGCAGAGGCUGUUGCUGAUUUAGCAGAAUUUGACGAAAAUAUACCCUUGGAUGAUGCGGACAGAGAUGACAUGCAAGUUAGCAAGGCUGAGCUUGAAGUACAAAAUUUAGUAUCUCAGUUAACACCUAUAGAACGUUACGCGAUGAAGUUUGUCGAGGAAUCAGAGGGUGCGUUUUCUGCGGCACAACUUGCAGCAGCCGAACGUGAACUCGAAGAACAGAAGAAAGAAUGGGAGUUGGAUCGGCUACGAGCAUUGCGCGAGGAGGAAGAAAGGAGAAUGCGAUUAGCAGAUGACGAUGAGAAGCCUUUGACGUUUGGACGCGAGGAUGCGCAAAAUCAGGUUAAUAGUGCUAGUAAUUCUAAGAAAUUAGUCAAUAAGAAACUCCCACCGAAUAGGAGGAGGAAUUCGCGUAAGAAUAUUAGUAAAAGUGCUCAAGAAUCGGAAAGUGAAACUGAGACUACUACAGAAUCAGAAUCAGAGUCACAAGAAGAUGUGGUAGAAGAUAGCCUUGACGAAGAGUCGAGUCAUACGGAAAGUCAAAGUCAAGGCGACGAGGAUGAGGAGGAGGAAGAGGCACACGAUCAAAAUGAUUCUGAAAAGGGCGGAUAUCCCAAACGUAAGAACCGUUCUAAUAAAUCAUUUAGUCAAAAUCAUUUUGAUCUGAACAGUCCACGGACGAGAUCAAGGGGAAAUGUUAAAAUUAAUUUGUGGACAUUGGACGUAAGUCCUAUCUUGCCUGGUAUAAAACCGAAAUGCCGAGGUAGAGCCAGCAAUUUGCGCAAACAACGUGAGCUUGAAAUGAGGAUGAAAGCAGAAGAAAAUUUCAUUUUGCCUUUGCCACCAGUUUCAAGUCCAAAAAAGUUAAAUAAUACCAACAUUUCGAAUAAUCCCAAUGAAGGAGAUCAUACUGUGAAUGAGAAAGAAGUGGCAACAGCUGAUUUAAAACAUACAGAUGCUGAAAAAAGUACAAUUCUGCCUACUGAUGAAAAGCGAUCUGAAAGCAUCGAAAAUUGUAAAGUGAUUGUAAAUCAUUGCACCAUUGCAACUUCGCCAAAAUCGAACUGCGAUAAAACUGUCAUAGACGAAUCUAAUGCCACCAUAGCUUUAGAUUCGUUAGAAAUAGAAACGUGUUCUCAAUCAGGUAAUUCAUCGGGCAUGUCAGAACAGAGUAAAGAUUUAGAAGAAGGUAUAAUUGAUAACAAAGACGGUGGUGAAGCAGCACAACAGUUAACAGAGAAUACCACAUCUUCAAUAUAUAUUACAAAGUUAAUGUCCACAGCAAUGGCGCAAUCUAGUAAUUUAGAAGGUACUGCAAGUUGUAAUGACGAUUCCGAAUAUUCUAACGUUGAUUUGAUCUCACAGAAUAGUAGUCCUCGUUCAGUUGUAAUGGAAUCGAACAUGGUAAAAAGAAUUUCUGAUUCAAAAUGCUUGAAAAGUUCAAUGACUUUGGAGAUAGAUGAAGAAAUUAAUAUAUCGGAAGAUUCAUUGAUUGCUCCUUUAAAAAAUAAAAUAGUCGUUCAAGAUACAGAUGAGAAUGAUGAAUCUACAAUAAAGAAAUUAGUAAGUGAUACUGUUUCUAAGAGUAAGAUAACUUCAUCUGCCAUUGAUGAAUCAGAUACGGGAUUAAAAGGAGAACUACUUAUCUCUAACGCAGAAUCGAAGGUAUUAAAAAAUAAAUCUCUAGACGAGCUCCAAGAUAUAAAUAUUUCUAAUGACGAGUAUAGUGUAAAAAAUAGUACAAGAGCGCAGAGUCCUAUCGAAAUGAAAGAAGACAUGGAUAUGAAAGAAACUUCAACAAAUAAUAAACAAUACGAUGAAAGUACUUCAAAUUCAGAUACAACAAAUAAGUCUGUCAAUGAUAAUGAAUCCAUUUCUGUGAUAGAAUCAAGCUCUAGUCAAGAACCUAGUAGCAGCAAACAAGAAGAAAACUAUACUAAAUUAGAUGAAUGUGUGCGCGACGAAGAUGAUACAAAAGUUCAGUCGAUCUCAUCGACACAAAACAGUGACAAUACCUUUUCCUUUGAUACUUUAGGCUCGAAUGAAUCAAGUGGAUCUGAAUUUAAUGCAGAAAAUAAGAUUAAAUUUCGUAAACCAGAUACGAUAUCUUACGGAGUGACUACAAGAAGCGCGAAAGUAAACAUUAGCGUAGAAACUACUGAAAAUAAAAAUUUGAUAUUAUGUAGUGAUACAUGUGAAAGUCAAGGAAGCGAAAUUUCAAAUUCAAAUUCGAAUUCGAAUACUCAUCGAAAAGAAACUAGCAAAGUAACACAGAUUCGAAGGCCCGACACACCUCGACCGGCGAUAGAACAUUCUAGGAUUACAAGGUCAAGUGCAAUUCGUUCUUUAACACCUCCACCGAAUUCAAAUUCCACAAAAUCAUUGCAAAAAAAACGACCAGACACUCCUUUGCCUGAAUGCUUUAGAUCUUCCCCACGAUUAGCGACGAGGUCUAUGUCAAAUUUGAGUUCAUCACUAAGAAACGAAGAACAAAAUACAUCGUCAUAUGAGAAACCCAUGACGCGUAGGUCAAAGACUUUGGAUAAUGGUGUUUUGAAUCCAACUGUGUUUCGAAGAAGCAGUUCAAUACCACCUAUGAAACCAACAUCCGAUUCGAAAGAUUGUACUAGUUCUAUUUCAACUAGAUGUAAAAGAAAUAGUGAAUCUACAAGUACGAAUACAAGUACACCGAGACGGCGACCGGAUACACCUGUUCCUACUUCUGAACAAGGAUCGAGAGUUACUCGAUCUGGAUUGAAUUUUACGCUAAAUUCGGCAAAGGGUCCUAAUCAUGUGUCGAACAAAGGGAAUAAGCACAUUCGGAAGAUAGAUUCGUCUUCUGAUUCAAAAUCACAGGAAGAGGUGUCUUCUUCUGCCGUUUCACCAUUGUCUGGAAAAACAGAAACGUUGAACACAGAUUCAAAUGGUAACGCGGUUGUAUCAGAAACCUUCCCCAAACAAGAUGAUUCAACCCUAUCCUCCUUUAAUGAAAUUAACGAGAAACCACAAAGAACUGCUAAAGUCGUUGCUAUUCUUACUUUGGAUACACGAAGUAAUCAUACCAGUAAAGCUUCUAGUUCCGUUCAUGCAAAAACAUCUAAUUGCAAUUCCUCUGAUACGAAAAAUAAUAAAAAAAACGCCGAUUCUAAUUCAAAUUCUGCAUCUGAUUCGUCAGGGAAAAAUUGCGUUCUUAGGAUUUCAGAUGUUACUCCGAAUUGUAAAGUAGAUGGGUGGUGUGAUUCUGGAUUGGAUACUGGUUCUCGAGAUCGCGUUUCCUCUAAUGUAUUUUCCAAUGUAGCAAGUACUUAUACCAGUUCCAAUAAGGCAGGAAAAUCACCAACAUUGAACAAAAAUACGUCAUUGAAUUCUAAACUUAAAACUGAUAAGGUUCCGAUACAAUCAGCAGUGAUAGCAUUGGUCGAUUUGGACAACGACUCUAAUUACGAUUCAUCAGAUGGAUCAAAGAAAUUAAGAAGGAAAAUUAAACGAACACGACUGUCAUCGUUUGCAAAGCCAUUGAUAAGUGGAAAAACGAAUGAAUCACAAAUAGCUGACGCUCCAGAUGACGAAGAGCAGAUACCGCCAAUGAAAAAGUCGAUUCGUACUCAGCUUACUCCUCCUCCUCCUUCUUCGCAAACAACUCAAUUGGAAAAAUUCAGUAGCGGUACUAUAUCUUGAGUCCCACUAAAACUUUAUCGCUGUAACAUUUAGCAGCGUGUUUGUAUAAAUAUUUCUCAUAAUUUAGACAUUAACAUUGUCUUGAACUACUACCUGGAGCGGCGGCGUGCGCAUAAAAGAAACCAAGUUCUAAUUGUUUCUUAAUUUUCACAUGAUUCUUGUAUAUAAUCACAAAAGUAAAGAUAAGUGAGAGAUGUUUCUUUUAUUGUACUAAGUACAUACGUGUAACAUUUUUAGCAUUGUAAAUUGUACUUUCCUGUAAAGAAUUCAAGUGUCUUUAAUUGACAUUGUAAUUUAUACUUGGUGAUAAAAACGAACGAAAGAAAAUGAUAAAAGAAAUAAGGCAAGGCAUUCGAUUGUAUUAUAAUAGGAUAUAUAGAGGAGAAAAAAAUUCAUUACAGCUUAGCUCAUUAGUACGUUGCGAAAGUCUCGCCUUUGCGACGAUUUUGUAGCGUUUGAUUUCUUAAAUAAAAAGAAAUAAACAAUCGAGUCAAAAGUAAAAAGCAGAAAUAAUUCUGUGAAUGCGACGUACUUUGUUCUCAUUAACGCCUUGCACUCUACAUACUUUGCAAGGUCGCGACCUGAUUACAUAUUAGACUUAAGAGAUUCUUCGUUUAAUGGUAUGCCCCACUGUAAUAUUUAAGUUGCGUGCCUGUAUUUUGUAUGAUCGAGUGAGUCUGAGGAAGGAAAUAAACAAAAUAUUCCUUGCUAUGAA